AUGGCUUGUGCAGUCUGUAAAGAGCAACACUCGGUUGCGAAAUGCCCUCAGUUUCUGAAAUCAACGGCCAAGGAAAGGUACUCUAUUAUAAAGAAUUUAAGGUUGUGCAUCAACUGUCUUCGUUUGGGUCACAACGCAAAGGCUUGCCCCUCUAGUUGGACGUGUCGGUCGUGUCAAUCGAGACAUCACACACUCCUCCAUUUCGAACAAGGCUUAGGCUUAUCCCCUGCGGCCACUCCUGUGACUGCGGAUUCGUCGAAGCGGGAAGCGGAAUCGACCGUUACCUCGCAAACCAAUCAAUCGGUAGUUGCAAUGACUAGCAUGAUGGAUUCCAGUCCGGUAAUAUUGCUGUCUACCGUCAAGGCCGAGAUACUUGACAUUCACGGUAACGCGUUUCCGGUUCGGGUCUUGUUGGAUAGCGCUAGUCAAGCGAAUUUCAUCACGGAAAGUUGCCUGCGAAGGGGCGAGUUCGAUCGCACCAAGCAUCGUAUGCUCGUUUAUGGUGUAAACGACCAGAAGGCCGCCACGACCCAGGGUAAAACCUCCUUCGUGAUUCGGGUGCCAAAUCGAGCGGAGGUGCGCCUGCCCGUGGAGGCUACGGUGCUUCCACGCAUCUCAUCUCUCUUCCCAACUCGUGGUAUUGAGGGUCGAUCGUGGGAGCACUUGGACGGAUUGCCGCUCGCCGAUCCAGACUACUCUGGGAAAAAAAGAGACAAGUACUAUCUGCCUCGCUCGGUCGAUGUUUUACUCGGAGCAGAGGUCUUUGUUUCGAUUCUUCGAGAUGGUUGUAGAAAAGGGGGGGCCGGAGAGCCCGACGCCUUCAAUACAAUUUUUGGCUGGGUGUUGAUGGGUGCGGUCUCUUCGCAUGCUCCGCGAAGUUUACACUCCUUCGUGACUUCGCUUGAAUCGAUAGACGACAAGGUGAGUAGGUUCUGGAGAUUGGAGGAAGUUCCGGAUUAUUCUUCCAGCUCUGAGGACGAUAGACGUUGCGAAGAAUUCUUUAAACAGACCACUCAUCGUGAUCGUUCGGGUCGUUUCGUGGUAUCGUAUCCCUUUUCAAAGAAUCCUCCGUGUUUUGUCGACUCUCGCCAAACAGCGGUUAAUAGAUUUCGUUCCCUCGAACGCCCUUUCAGGGCGGACGUCGCUUUCAAAACGGAUUACUGCAACUUCAUGCAGGAAUAUCUGGAUAGUGGGCAUAUGGAGGUGAUUGACCGGCCCUAUCCAGUCGAUGGGCCGAUCUAUUACUUACCCCAUCACGGGGUCGUCAAGCUUGAUAGUACAACCACGAAGUUGCGCGUGGUUUUCGAUGCUUCAUCUAAAUGUACCAAUGGGGUUUCAUUGAAUCAGACCCUGUUGAGCGGGCCUAAGCUACAGCAGGAUCUGAUGGCAGUCUUGCUCCGCUUUUGUGUGGGAUCGGUGGCUCUGACUGCCGAUGUGAGGCAGAUGUUUCGCCAAGUAUGGAUAGAACCGAGGCAACGUGAUUACCAGAGACUCGUCUGGCGCUUUUCGGAAAGCAAACCGAUAACUGAUUAUCGUUUGAAAACGGUCACAUUUGGCAUCGCUCCCUCUCCUUACUUGGCGAUUCGCUGUUUGCUCCGGUUGGCCGAGGAGGGUAAAGAUACCCAUCCGAUGGCAUCGAAUGCUCUAACAUCUUCCUUGUAUGUGGAUGAUAUCGUCACUAGCGUGCAGUCCGUCGAGGAGGCGCGCGAUCUUCGGAGCCAGUUGCAGUCGUUACUACGGGGCGGCGGUUUCGAAUUGAGGAAAUGGGCUAGCAGCCAUCCAGCUGUGUUGGCUGGCUUAGAUCCUCAGGCUUGUUGCGAUUCAUUCUUAUCGUUUGAGUUCAGGGAAGACCAAUCUCUUAAAAUCUUGGGACUCCAUUGGUACACGGGCUCCGAUAGUUUCGGGUUUCGAGUCAAUCCACUGGAUCGGGACUGCUCCAAGCGCACAAUCCUCUCGGAGUUGGCUCGUGUCUUCGAUCCCUUGGGUUUCUUGACACCUCUUACGUUCACAGCCAAGCGCUUAAUCCAGCUCUUGUGGAUUUCGAAAAUAGAUUGGGACACGAGACCUCCCCCAGAGAUAUGUCAACGCUGGGAGAGGUAUCGGUCCGAAUUGGCGGUCUUGGCUUCGCUGCGCAUACCUCGUUCCUUAUCGCGAAAUGGGGUGGUGAGUCGUGAACUACACGGCUUUUGUGACGCUAGCGAGCAGGGCUAUGGGGGGGUAGUUUAUAUGCGCAUUGUUGCUCACGACGGAGUUACGAUUCGACUGAUUGCUUCGAAGGCAAAGGUAGCUCCCCUCAAGUCUAUUACUUUACCGCGGCUAGAGCUUUGCGCCGCAGUGUUGCUCUCUGAAUUGAUAACGUACGUGCGGCGAGUUCUUGGAAACCACCUAACAUUGGACGGGGUGUAUGCUUGGUCGGACUCUAUGGUCACUCUAUCGUGGAUACGCUCAGCGCCACAUAAGUGGAAGACAUUCGUGCGCAAUCGAAUUGCGCGAAUUCAAGAAAACAUCCACAUAUCGUCUUGGGGACACGUCCGCACCCAUAGUAACCCAGCGGAUUAUUGCUCUCGGGGAUUAUACCCUGACGAAUUGGUGAAAUGCACAGCUUGGUGGCACGGUCCGGAUUGGUUGGUGGAAUUUGAGCCUCGCCCCGCGCCUGGAUUUGAAUCCGAUUCCCUUGGGAAAGAGGAGAUGGUUCGUACCACACUUGCUUGUUUUGAGCCUUCGAAUGGCUUCGUCGAUCUUCUGCCUCGAUUCUCAUCCUUGGACAAGAUCUGCAGAAUCGCUGCUUACUGUUUGCGUUUCAUUGAAGGAUUGAAAGCGAAACCCGUUCCAGCAGUUAUCGCGGUAGAUCAGCUGGAAGCGCAUUCGGCGUUACUCGUGUUGGUGAAGAUGUUGCAGUCUCAAUGCUUUUCCGAGGAUAUUGAUCGACUCCAAAAUGGUCAGAGUGUUCCACGAGCCUUGCGUAAACUCCAACCCUUUCUGGCUCCAACGGGAGUCCUCAGGGUGGGCGGUAGGAUCGUACAUUCCACACUGCCUUACGAGGCUAAGCAUCCCGCGUUGCUGCCAAACAAGCACAGGCUCACGGAACUUAUUAUUGAGCGCACGCAUCGGACCCACUUACAUGUCGGUCGACGCGCGACGCAAUAUUUGCUAGCGCAACACUUUUGGAUCCUGGGGGUACAUCAGGCGAUCAAGCGGAUUUUGUCCAAAUGCUAUCGAUGUUUUCGUGCCAAUCCUCGUUUUGUGCAACCGCCCAUGUCGGCGUUACCGUCUGAACGCGUCAAUCCGGUAAAACCCUUUUCGAUUACGGGAAUCGAUUACGCGGGACCCUUUUUUGUGACUAAUCGACGAGCGCGGAGAGUGACUCCCUAUAAGGUUUACGUUUGUUUGUUCAUUUGCUUUGCAGUCAAGGCUAUUCAUUUGGAGGUAGCCUUUUCGUUGUCCACGGAUUCUUUUCUGUCAGCUUUGCGACGCUUCAUAGCCAGGCGAGGCAGGUGCUCGUUGUUGUUCAGCGAUUGUGGUACCAAUUUUGUUGGUGCGCAUCGAGAACUGGUCAGCCAUAUGCAGCUCGCCUCGGAGACGGAAGGAAUCAAGUGGUCUUUCAACCCUCCCUCAGCGCCUCACUUCGGAGGGCUGUGGGAAUCGGGAGUGAAGGCCAUGAAGACUCAUCUCAGGCGUGUCGUGGGAGCUCAAAUUCUUACGGUCGAGGAGUUUAGCACGUUGCUCAUGCAAAUAGAAGCGGUUCUGAAUUCCAGGCCGCUCUGUCCCCUGAGCUCGGAUCCUAAGGAUCUCACGGUUCUUUCGCCGGGUCAUUUCCUCACCAUGGAACCUCUGGUGUCGCUUCCUGGUCCGGAGUUGACGACGGUACCGGUGGGUCGGUUGGACAGAUGGCAGUUGGUUUAG